AUGGGCGCCUCUCAUAUUGCGCUGAUUAUUGAAUUGGUGCUUGUUUUGGUUUUUAUGGCCACUAUCAAUAUAUAUUGUGCAAGAAAGGUUAAAAUCUUUCUUAAAAACACUGCACGUUGCACAAGUUUUUUGACGCUGCAGCGCCAAAUGUUUAUCCUACUACUUGUCCAGGCGACCGUGCCUCUCGCUUUCUUGGUUGCGCCGUACUGCUUUGCUAUGUCAAUGCUUUUUACUGGUAUGAACUCCACCCAGCAUAUCACAAAUGCGAUAUCGGAUCCUAUUUGCCUUGUAUCCGACAAUCAAUCCGAUAAU